CGUUGCUUUAAGCGCCAGUCAUUAACAGCAAUUGGCUCCUGUUUUUUGUGGCUUUGCUCUUCACCGCAUGUCUUCCAGGGAAUUCAUUGAGAUCCUUGACUCCGAUUCUGAGACUGAGGCGCAGCAUAUCAAGCGGCAGAAGACUCAUCACCAUCCAAAAGGAACCUCGGUCAAUAUGCCUCCUACCUCUACUCUAGCAGCUAAGAACAUGAAUCUGAAAGGGCGGAAACGAUUCGUCGCUGAUCUUGAAGACCUAAAGGUGGCUUGUACGCAGGGAUUUGUGGCGCAUGGACUUACAUUGAAAAGUGUCCGUGCUGGAGACGACGAAGGCACUUUCGAGGCCGUCAUCACCACAUCGAGUGGCGACCACGUUCUGAAUGUGAAUAUCAUGCUUUCGGACACGGCUGACUACCCGAAGACCCACAACUGCUUCUCAUAUUCGCCGGACUCGCAUGUCGCCGCGAACAUUCAAUCAGUAAUUGAGGGAAUAGUCUCACUUCCUUCUUGUUUGCUUGUAGAAACCAUGGACAAAGUACUUGCAAAUCUUACAAAAGCCAUGAGCACAGGUUCCCUUGAGAGCGAGUCCGAUGACGACGAAGACGAGGAAGGCGAAGAUUAUGCUGUCUCAUCAGACGACGACAUUUACAUGAACAGCACGUCCCAGAACUUGAUGAAAAUGGCGCGAUUGCAGCACGAUUUCCUCGAGAUCGUUGCCAGAGGGUAUCGUCCGGGCCUUAUUCGAUUUAGUGGAGACGACUUUUGCAUCAGUGUAUCCCUCUCCGUCAUCAAACUUGCAGAGUCUGUCCCCCCAAGAGCUUUAAACGCAUGGGAUCGUCGGCUUCUUUCGAAAACGCAGCAUCUCGUACUUUUAAUCUCUGGCUUCAGGGGAGUAUACCCGCCUUCAGAUUCGGAUGCGACAAAACUCAAGUUCCAUGUUGGUUUGAGUGGAAUACACAAACCAAGCAAGGAACACGCGAAAGAUGCGUGCAGGAACUUCGUUUUGAUCACAAACGACGCAGAGGAUGAACUGAGGCUUGCCAGAGAAAAAGCUGCUGCUGAGGCUGCAGUGAUGAAUGAUUUCGAAAUGGACGAGGAAGAUUCGGACGCCGAUCCUAAUCCUGCUACGAAACCAGAGAUAGAGGAAGAGGAGGAAGAUGUACCUGAUCGUUUUGACAAGUUUAGUUUAAGCGGAUCCUUGGACUCACUUAUGAAUCACCAAUUUGCAAAGCUGGUGAAUAUGAGGAGGAAAUACGGGCUAGGAUGGGCAGGCGCAGAAAGGCUCCUUUCGGAAGCGGAGAAAAGUCAAAAGCCAGAGCAGGAAGUACUGGAAAACAAGCUUCAAGAAAUCCAGGUCGAGGAUCAGGCCGAACGCGCAAUGAUACGUAAAAAUACCACCAUCCUUCCUGAUGAUCCUCUUUCUGGUACAGGAAAAGACGAAGAAUUAGACUGGCCGUUGACGGCUUUCUGUUACUUGAUUAGAAGACUGACACUCUGCACACUGUACUGUAUUGUCUGCCACAACAAACUCGACACGGACUAUGUUGCUUUGAAACCCUAUGUCUGCAACUCCAAGCUUUGCUCAUAUCGAUACUAUUCUCUGAAUCACGGUCCUUCUGUUGAGUAUGAUAUUAUCCAUAAUCCAGAAACCGUUGAUCUCUUGGUUUCGAUCACAUAUGCUGCCGCGAUAGAAAGCGCUCUUGACGAGCCUCUACCAAUAGGCAUGGGCCUCAGAGUUCCGUUACCAGAUGUGACGAAGGUCUUGCCUCCCCAGACAAGUUACUCUGCUCUACAGACGAGAGUGAUGAUCGCUGGUGGUCAUUUGCAAAAUAGCAUCGCCACUCCUCCUCCUACUCCGAUUGAAUCCCCGCGGCCACCGGUGGUGGGUUCAGAUUGUUUGUGUGAUUUCGAUGACCUUGAUUUGCAACAGAUGCGAGCAUCAGUUGUGCAAUUGCUGGACUCGGUGCCUCCGAUCCUCGAAAUCAAGAAACAUCUUGAACGAAAGGUGAAGCCUGGAAAGUCUAAACCGCGACUCGUAACAAUGCCCGAGGCGGCUGAUGUUUUACCUGCUGCGUGGAAACUGUUACGAUGGUGUGUAGGGUCUUGUACGGCGUACCUUGAAGAGAUUUCAUCGCAGGAAGAGUCAAUCAAGAACGUCGGAUCCUGCUGGAGACAGUAUCGUUUCAGUGUUGGCGCACCUGACGCCGAAGCCAAGUUCAAUGCUGCUGUCGAAGAAUCCAAAACUCGAAACCAGAACGCAAAGAUGUAUCCGUCGCUCUAUGCGUUCCAUGGUUCUCCUGUUCGAAAUUGGCAUUCGAUCAUCCGAAAUGGAUUGUGGUUCAAAUCGAUUGCCAACGGUAGAGCAUUUGGGAAUGGUGUAUACCUCGCGAAAGACGGUCUCUUGUCCAUGGGUCACUAUGCAGGAGGUAAUCGUGCCGCUGGCUGGCGUAACAGCAAAAUCUGCCCCUCGAGUUGUGUCGCUAUCGUCGAGUUAGUCAACCUGCCCUCAGAAUUCGUCAGCUCUGCUCCGCAUUUCGUUGUCGAUAAGACGCAUUGGCUGUUUGUCCGUUAUCUGCUCGUUAAAAGUAGGGCCACUCAAGGGAGUACAGAUGAACCGGAAACAAUUCCUAUACCACCCAGACAACCUCAACAGCUAACACCUUUCGUGAAGCUUGACCCUGCCCAUCCUGUCACCUUGGGACAACAACGCAUCCAGAUUCCCGAGCCGACACACCAGUUGGAGACUAUCCUUCGUAUACGACAGGCUGAAGCGGUCGAAGACAAUCCUGACAGUGAGGACCAAGCCGUGUUCGACUUUGUUGAGUCUGCAGAUGAGUUCAUUGGAAAGGGCAAGGGCAAAGCAAAUGAUCCAAUGGAGAUUGACGACGACGACGAAAUGGGCUUUGACGACUAUAGCCCCUCGAAGGGUGCCCCUUAUCAGUUAUCAUCAUCCCUUGCUCCCACCCUCGCCCGUCAGCAACAACUUCUGCCUAAAUCGCGUCCUGUCGAUGACUGGGUCCAUGAUUCGGAAUAUGUUCAAUCAGCCGUCUCGAAACUUAUGCCUCCACCCGAGCUGUCUAGCCCUGGUGCGACGAUGGCGGUGCAGAAAGAGUUGAAAGCGUUGUUGAAGGAGCAGAAAUCUUGCAGUAGCUUAAAGGAACUAGGAUGGUUCAUGUCUGAGGAAUUCAUGGGUGACAAUCUUUUCCAGUGGAUUGUAGAACUGCAUUCGUUUGAUGAAAAGUUACCAAUUGCGAAGGACAUGAAGGCGAAGAAUCUCAACUCUGUGAUCUUUGAAAUUCGCUUCCCACCAGACUACCCGAUUAGUCCACCAUUCUUCCGCAUCAUUACUCCAAGGUUCCUACCAUUCAUCCACGGAGGAGGAGGUCAUGUAACUGGAGGGGGGUCAAUCUGCAUGGACCUGCUUACCUCGUCUGGAUGGCUUCCCAGUUAUAACAUUGCCUCAGUGCUUCUACAGAUCAAACUUGCAAUAUCGAAUCUGGAUCCUAGACCGGCUCGAUUGGCGCCGAAUUGGAAUACUCCCUACGGCAUUUUGGAGGCACUGCAAGGGUACAAGAGAGCCGCUUCUACACAUAAUUGGACCGUACCAGCUGGACUAGAUAAGUUGGUGUGCUAAGUUAUCAUUCCAUUGUUGGAAUGCGCGCGUAUAUCGCGUCGACCCCCGGAGGGGAUCAAAUAAUGUAGAUACUGUAAAAUCAAAGAAUCCAGAUACUGUACUUGAGAACCG